AUGAGUGUCGAUGAAUUGAAGAAGGAAGGAUGGAAUAUCGAUGAGAAAGCGCUGAAUAAAUUGUUGGAAGACGCUGAGGAGCCGGAGAUUGCAAGGGAUGGAAAGAAACUACGGGAAUUUGUCCUUGAUGUGAGUUGUUUCUCUAAGUCCAAUUAUGGUUAUUGUCUUUUUAAAUUUCAGUGUGACCUCCGUGAAAUAGCCUCUCCAGGCUUGGCCAAUGCUUUUAAUUCCACCAAAAAGGAAUUGAACGGCCCAAUUGUCCUUCAACUUUCCACAUGGCGCAAUAUCUCAUAUCCGGAAGCUCAGAAACACGAUGGAAAUGUGGGUGUUUGUCUUGUUCGACUGACUGAUGGCAGUCAAACCUUUAAAGGGCUCUUGUUUGAACCCAUCAACAAGUUGGAUGGGAAUACCCCGAGGGGAACGAAGAUCUUGCUCGAGGGGAAGGUGAGGAGCGAAGGGGGAUUUCUGAUGCUGAGCAAACGGAAUUGCACCGUGCUGGGUGGAACAGUCGAUGAAUUGGUCGAGAAAUGGAAGGUUGAGAAGGUGGGUUUGAUUAGAUCUUUACUCAUUGUUAAGUAUUGGUCUAGUGUAGUGCAAUCCUUUUUUUUUCAGUUUGGCGGUCGGACAGGAAAAGGUGCCUCCAACGCUCCUAAAUGGAUUCCUUUUGGCAAGGCUAAGGUAAUUAUACCCUUUAUCGAGUAAGGUAAAAAUUUUAGAAAUUGGAUAUCAAGAUUGAUAAGAACUUUUUGGCCAUGAAAGCGGUCAAUAAGGUCGGAGAAAACGAAGCGGACGACGAUGAGAAGACCGCUCAAUUCAAGGCUCAACGAAUGGCUCAGAUCGAAGCUUUGGGAAUUGCCGCCAAAGAGGAUGAAGUCGAAAUCGAGGAAAAAGUGGAAGAGAUGAGAAUCAGCGAUGUUUUGAACGAACAGAAUAAGCAGAAGCGAGAUUACAAUAAGGAGGAAAGAAGGCUUGAUAGAGGGGAGAGGUCUGGAGGCAGAGGAAAUCGAGAUAAUUACAAAGGUAUGCAUUUGGAAUAUAUUUAGAUUUUUUGCGGAUUACCGUACCGUAAUUAAAUUAUUUACAGGAGGUAGAGAACGACAAGGCGGACCAGUUGUUUUCGAAUCAUCACGCAGAGACAUUCCGAGGGAAUAUCAGAGAGAUCAGAGGCCACCACAAUCUUCUAGUUAUAGAGAACCUCCAGAAUCAGCGAGAGGCUAUACUGAUGAUAGAGGGGGUCUGUCUCGAGGUGGCAGGGGACGAGGUCGAGGGCAAACAAGACCCGAUAGCUAUCAGAAUCGACAAAAUAAUCGGUUUGAGGAUCAAGGUAACAGAAGAGAUGAGAAUUCAAGAAGACAAGGAGAAGAUCGACCUCAGAGAAGAGAAGGAGGACUAUCAAGAGGACGAGGAGGUCGUAGCGGGAAUAGUGGAGGUAAUCAAGGAGAUCGAGAUGUCGGAUCAAGCAAUCCAAGAGGUUCAAGUCGAGGAUCCCGGGGUCAAAGGGGAGGCCGUAAUGGGAGAAAUGAGAAUCCCGGAUAUUCACAACCACCCAAGACGCAAACCUUUAGUUUGGCCGAUUUUCCAGCUCUGUGA